AUGUUUUUUCUGACUUAUCCUGUUCAGAUCGUUACAAGCGAUUGCUCCAGCGGUACAGCUCCAACUUCAUCCGCUUCUUCGUCAGAUAUUUCCCCGUCUUCUUCGGUUUUUAUUUCUUCUCAAUCUCGGCAGAAAAGGCGCUCAAGAGAUGAGUGUUCAUCACCUGUUUUGUCUUCUUCAUCGUCCUCUCCCUUGAAUCUUGCUUUAAUUAAAGCGCCCACUGUUGGUUUAACCUCGUCCUUCUCCAUUAUUAAAUCAAGCCUUACUCAGGAUUCUAAUCAGGCCCUCUCAAAAUCGACUAACUCAGAGGGUAUAGUGUCCACGUCAUCAUCCCUGGCACUAAUGACUGAUAGUUCGUCAGUGUCAACUGUGAACGAUUCCUCUUCAAAGCGGCAAGAUCCGACAACAAAGUCUAUCAAUUCGAUGCCGUCCUCUUCGAUUUCGGGAAUUGAGCCGGUAUUACGCAUCGUCUUGCCUCCCUCUUCCGGCCAGACUAAUUUGCUUCCUACCGCAUCUGCUAUCAGUACUUCUACUGCAUCUCUUAAAACUAUCGUUUCUUCCUCUGAAACGACCAUUAUUACAACUACGGCCAUUCCCUUUUUCGUCACAAGUAAUUGCAUCAAUAGUAGCAUAUCCUGUGCCCCCAAUACCAGCCGACCAUUGGAGCCGAUUAGGCUCUCUCGUCCUUUGCCUGUGAUCCGUGCCCUUCCCGCUCGCUCAAUGUCUUUUAGUUCACAACUCAUCAGUCAUGCUUCUGCUCGCAACUCAGGAUUCACAUCUCUGCCAUCAGCUUCAGCUGGUAUUUUGUUGACCAAUACGGCAACAGGCCGUUUCUUACCCGUUACAACAGCUCGAUAUCGGUUAAUCGAGCCUACUCGAUUGAUCCGUCCUGCAUCCAAGGGCCAAGAUCUUACAGCGCUCUCUGUUACAGGUCAGAUUCGCCUAUGUUUUAGUGUUCAUAAGCUUAUGGGCUUUUUAACUUAA